AUGCUCAGAGGACAUCGACUCUUUUUCUGGCUGUGUGGUCCAAACCUAGGAGGUCCUGCUUUGAGAGCUUUGUGGAAUUUUUCCGCACUAAAGAAAAACUUUGCAGAUGAUGAUAUUCUUCGAGGUUAUUGCCUCUACGGAAUCACCCAAUUCGAUUUCGACGAUGAGACGAGAUGUGACGAAUGUUUCCCGCAAGGAAGCGAAUAUCCAGGAAAAGUGCUUCGGAUCAAAGCGGUCAAACCAAGCAUUAUUUCUUCCGAGUGA